CUGGCCAGGAGCGGACGGCACUGGAGGCAUCUCAAAACUUUUCCAACACACAUUGAAGUGGUCUGUUUAUUGUUUAACAUCGGCUCCAGUUUGCCCCCGAACAUGAAAACAACCUCUACGUUGCCAUACUUUGAGUAUCGAUGAUGAAGUGGAUGCUACUGACCGCUUGGAAAAAGGGAAACUUGCGAGAGGGAAAACUUCUGGAAUGAUGCCCCAGCGACUGCAUCCCUCCCUCCAAAGUUCAGCUAAGACUUUCUGGGGGGCAUUCUGCAAUUUGGAGCCUUCCUGCAACAUUAUCACCAUUGUUCAUCACUCAUAACCAGAGAGCCCUCAUCUUGGAUGAAGCGGAGAGUGCUAUAAUGAAGGUGACAGUGACGUUUGGGCAGACAGGUGUGGUGGUGCCCUGCAAGGAGGGUUGGACCGUGAGGGACCUCAUUCAGCAAGCCACGCAGAGAUACAGAAAACUCCUGGAACAGGAAGGAGAUUUCCUGGUUCGGACUCACCAUGUUGAAUACUGUGAUGGGGGGAUUCUGGACCCUGAUGAUAUUCUCAGUGAUCUGGUAGAAGACAAGGACAAGCUGAUGGCGGUGUAUGAGGAGCAGGAAGCCCAGCAGAGGGGUGUGGCCAACACAAGCCUGGCCCCGAGCCCUGACCUCUACCAAUCUGAGCUCUCUGUCUUCCAGCCAAUCGCAGGAGGAGAGAUUGAAGUCAAUUCCUCAGCACUCAAGUCCAACACCCCCCUACUGGUGAGAAGUAGCAGUGACUCAGCCCUCGGCCCCCAGCUUUCUGAGACUGAAGCCUCCCUCAAUGAAGACACCACUGAGAUGGCAGCCGGUCCCGCUGUGGAGAGGCCUGCAGGAGUGGACCGAGCCCAAGGCAAACACACCUUCAGUGGCAGCCUGACCAGGACAGUGGAAAUCCUGGGAGAGGACAGUCCCCUGGGAAUCCAUGUGGUUCCCUACUGCUCAUCACUCAGUGGAAGGUCUCUCGGUCUAUACAUCCGUGGAGUGGAGGAAGAGAGCCGCUCAAGAAAGGAGGGCUUGUUUCAAGAGGACGAGUGCAUCGUCAAGAUCAACAACACUGACCUAAUAGACAAGACAUUUAGCCAGGCCCAGGAAGUGUUUCGUCAGGCAAUGCGUUCCCCAGUUGUCCGCUUGGAAGUAGUUCCCUCCUUCAACAGAGAACGCUAUGAGAAGAGCCUGAUUGGUCAGCUGUUUGGCAACAGUGCCGGUCCUGACAGCAGUCCCCGAAUCGCCAAAACCAAAGAACCACCUCCGCCUGUCAAAGCCAAACCUAUGUUUAAGCCCUCUGAGAAUCCAGCCGCACGAUUGGCAGAGGAUGCUGCCGUUCUGGAAGCUGCUGUCAGUACCCCCAAAGGGAGAAGUGAGAGCCCCCUCCUUAAGAAAAGUCCUGCUCUCUCCAGCUUGGUGGGCAAUAAGAGAGGAGGCCGAAGAUUGAGGAUCGACUUAAAGAAAGGCUCAGAAGGUCUUGGUUUUACUGUGGUAACCAGAGACUCUUCAGUCCAUGGUCCUGGUCCUAUUCUGGUCAAAAACAUUCUGCCACGUGGAGCUGCCGUCAAAGACGGACGCCUGCAGUCUGGAGACCGCAUACUGGAGGUAAACGGUGUGGAUUUUACAGGUGUGGGCCAAGAGGAGUUGGUGUGUAUGUUACGCAGCACACGGCAGGGAGAGAGUGUGUGCCUAGUGGUCCUACGGCAGGAAGACAUGUUCCUGCCCAGAGAGAUGAAGGAGGAGUUGUCCCGUGUGUCAGGCUUUGUUUCGGAGAAUGGGAAGGAGCAGCUCAUGUUCGAGGUACCACUAAACGACACCGGCUCGGCGGGACUCGGUGUCAGCCUCAAAGGAAACAAGUCCAGGGAGACAGGAGAGGAUCUGGGAAUCUUCAUUAAAUCCAUAAUACAUGGAGGGGCUGCAUACAAGGAUGGGCGUCUGAGUGUCAAUGACCAGCUGGUAGCUGUAAAUGGAGAGUCGCUUCUGGGACGCUCCAAUCACGUGGCCAUGGAGACGCUCCGACGCUCUAUGUCGCAGGAGGGAAACGUACGAGGGACCAUCCAGCUGGUGGUGCUGAGGGCUUUGAAGGAUCAACAUGGUGUGUCACCCAAUCGCUCAUUUGACGGCUCUCCCGGCCUGUUGGGACCGAUGAGCCCAGCGAAUGGUCAGUCAGGAUUGGUCGGUCAGGCCAACGGCCCCGUUCACCCUCCCAUGGUGAGCAACAGUCUCUAUGCAUCUAAUGUGACCAAUGGGAGUUAUUCUCACAUGGAUGAGGAAGAGGAGGGCGAGCUGUAUGGACAUGAGGAGUUCAGCGGAUCUACCCAACACUCCUACCUACAGGAAAGGGAAAACUCUCACAUCUCCAGCCCAGCUCAGCCCCAGUCUCCCACCCAGAGCCACAACCAGAGCCAGCGACAGUUCCACCAGCAUGUUAAAGCCUCCAAGAGCAUGGACCUGGGUACGACUCAGAACCAGCAGCACACUGUGGCAGAUGAGAGCAACGUAGGAUCCCUGAUUGGAAACACUGCUGCUCCAUCAGGUCCUGUCGAACUCGGCCCUACCCUCGGCCUGAAGAAGUCCAGUUCGCUGGAGAGUCUCCAGACGGCCAUGUCAGAGGUCAGCAGGAAAAACGAACUCCUCCCAUUCCACCGUCCUCGUCCAAAUAUGGUCAGGGGAAGAGGCUGCAACGAGAGCUUCAGGGCAGCUAUUGAUAAAUCCUAUGACGGGCCACCUGAAGACGAUGAUGAUGAUGGUUCGGAGCCGAGUUCAGGCCGUGACACCCCUGCAAGUAGUUCAUCUCGCCAGGGAGCGGGGGAUCAGAUAGAGGAGAAAGGCAAAAAAGACAAGAAAAAGAAAGCGAAAACAAAGAAGAAAGAAAAGAACAAGGGGAAAGGAAAAGAGAAAAAGAAAACAGAGGAGCCUGAAGAGACAGAGAAGAAGAGCAAGAAAAUAGGAUUUGGCCUUCUGAGAUUUGGAAAGAAGAAAGAGGAGAAGAAGGAGGCGAAAGCAGCUCUGCAGCGACAGAAGUCAGAGAUUCUGAGCGAUCAUGAGCUUGAGAGGAUGAAAGAGGAGAGGGAAAGAAUCGAGGCAGGGCAUCCUGAGCUGCGAGAGCACCGGUCCAGAGACCGGCAAGGUGGAGGUGGCGGGUCUGCGUAUCCAGAUGUUGAGGAUGAUGACACAGACCCCAACUACGCCCGAAUACAAUCCUUCAGGGACCGAGAUGUGGGUCCAGUGCCGCAGCCACCGUCUCAGUCACCUCCCUACAGCACAAUUCAACACACCCAUGCUCACACCGCUUCCCCCCAAAGCCUAACUACCUUCCCAGGGCAUGGAAAUCAUGUCAACAACCCUGGAGCCAUCCCUGAUGAUGACCACAUUGAUAGGCUGUAUGCGAAGGUGAAUAAACCAAGGGGAACUGGAGCUACAUCUCCUCCUGCUUCCGCCAAUGAUAGCAGUGUGGACAGGAUCCAGCAGCUACGGAGAGAGUACCAGCAGGCAAGAAGAGAAGGAAUGGUACCACCUUAUGAGGAGCUGGACCCACGACGCAGAGGGCACGAAAAUGAUGCACACAGGAUGCCAGGCAGAGGGACAGAUCCACGGUUGGCACCACGUUAUGAAGAGGUGGAACGUCAGUAUGCCUCCUUACCAAGACGGGGUCCGUUGGAUCCAGGUGACUACCCCAUGCAGCCCUGGUCUGGUCAUUACCCCGGACCUCCCCAGGCCGCACAGGGAUACCCUCAGUCCCUGUCCUACCCUAACCCCAACUCCCAGGCCGGUCCGUCUUACCCUGGCUACCCACCCAGCCAGCCAUACCCACGGCCAGGUGACCCUCGGGGCGUUGACCCUGGUUACUACCCCCAUCCGAGCUCCCAGCAGAGAGGGCCCUUGCGGCAGGAUGUGCCCCCGUCUCCUACCCCUCCACUUCGUGGACUACGGUACGACACUAUGAUGCGUGGAACAGGGGGUGGAGGCUACAGGUAG